AAUAAGCUUAAUAAUAAGCUUGAGCUCUUGAUGAUCGCCGCUUGGAAGCGGAUCAAUAUAAAACAAAAUAAAGAAAGUUGAAUUGUUUUUACAUAUCUUUACGUACGUUAAUCAAAACAAAGAGGAGAAAAACGAGAUUUUGAAAAAUGGUCCAUGUACGCCUGUUGCUGAUCUGUGCGCUCUCCGCACUUUUUUGGAAAGUGGCGCGUGCCCAAAUCGCCUUCGUCGAGGAUCAAGACAUUGAUAAGAAGAAGGCCAACCUUGCGGGUCGCAAGCCACUCUACUCGCCGGCUCGGUGCCCCAAGUUCCAGUUGCUCUACCCGGGCGACCAGCAGCAGCAGAAUGACUGGGUCUGCGACUGUGCCCCAGCCACUCUGUACUAUCCGGAAACAGAUGCCUGUUAUCCGGCCUACAGGCAGGGACCCUGUGAAUCCGGCCAAAUGCUGGUGCUCUACAAGGAGCGGGUCAUACCCGAGUGUGUGAAGAAUCCUUGCUCGAAGGACAACCACUUCAUGAUCCGCGACACAUGCUACGAGUUCGGGAACAUAAAGGAGAAUCCCUGUCCCUACAAAGAGGCAACCUUUGUGCUGGGCGUGAAUCCCACAAACUUGAUGGUGGACUGCGUUAAGCUGUCGGUGCAUUUGAUAACCCGCAUUGCGGAUGAUGCAGAGGAGGCUCCACCAGACUACCAUCUUGAGCUGGCCGAGAAGUGCUCUCGCGGCAGUCGUUUGCUGGCCCAGGGAAAGUGCUCUUAAAUCGAGAUUGAAGAAAAACUUAUAAUAGAUUAUUUUUUGUGUUGUUCUGUACAUGCCAGUGAAAACAAUUUCGAAUUUUUUAGACUUACAACCUAGGUGCUUAAUGUUCUGUGAACCACAAAAAUACUCACGAUUCUAUUCAAAUUGAAUUUGAAGGAAUUCAAAAUAAUACAAAUCUUUUUUUACUUAAUAUGUUAAGAUUGAUCACAUAUGACUUCUUUGUUUCUGUGUACUUUAAUUCCAGUUUGAAUAAAUUAAAAUUUAGUUUUUAUUCAUUUAUCAA